AUGGUUCAGUUUAAAACUAGUCCAGAGUUAGCGGAAUGGCAAUUAACUCCACAAGGUUUAGGUGCUCUAACUGAAAAGGAAUCUCGAGCUCUUACAAGUUUGCGUCAGCUUUUAGAAGUUCAAAACAAGGCAGCUGAAAGUAAGCAGAAAAUGGAACAAUUAAAAGCUCAAAGUAUACAAGGUGAUGCUCUUUUGAAGAAACAAAGCACUUCUGAGGUAGUCUUCGGUCGCUUGAAGAGCUUUGCUGCCUCAGCUUGGAAGGGAAGGGAGUCAUGUGUAAUAUCAACAUCCACUUCUCCUAAUAAACCAGGAAAGAUUAUUAAGACUCGUUUAUUAUUGAAGGGUCCAUUAGACUCAUAUGAAAAGGAUUGGUGUACAGAUAGCUGUUUACUAAGAUAUCUUCGAGGCUAUAAUUACAAGGUAAUAAGGUCAUUUGAAGCUCUCGUUAAAACUAUUCAUUUUCGAAGAAAGUAUGCUCCACAGUUCAUUGAUCCACGUAGUAUUAGUGGAGGGAAUAAUGUAGAAGGUUUGAUUAGAUUUGGAAUAGAUAUUGAUGGUCGUCCCUGUAUUAUAAUGAGGGCUAAGUAUAGUGACUCAUCAGUUGAUAUUUCUUUAGUUUUAAAUUCUCUCUUGUAUACUAUGGAGAGGACUUGUUUGUAUGCUGAUCAAUUAACUAAUAAUGAUAACAAGAUAAAUUUGAUUGUGGACUUUACAGGAAAUAAGUCAACACAACAGCCUCCGGUUUCUUUGUCCCUAAAGUUUGCAAAGGCAAUGGUAGAUCAUUAUCCAGAAAGACUUCAUCGUGCGUAUAUAAUUAGACCAGGUUGGUUCUUUAAGACUGUUUGGGGUUUAAUUAGCCCUUGUAUACCAGGAAAUACAGCAGAGAAAUUUGUUUUGAUAGAUCCAGAUUCAGAUGGUAUGGAAAGUUUUAAGCCUCUCAAAAAAGCUGUAGAUUCUAAGUAUUUAGAUAUUGAAUGGGGGGGAUGUUGCAAUUAUGUAUUUGAUCCUAAUAUGUACUGGAACAAGGAGAUUAGAGACUUUGAUGAGUUUUGUAAAUUCUGUCAGGAUCAUUUUUACUCUGAGGAUCACCCAAUGCCCCUUAUACCUUUUGGAGUAAUUUCAGAUCAUUCUACAUCUCCUAGUCCUAACAAUAUGGACUCUAUUAAUACAACAUCUCCCCACCUUGCAGCCGCAUUAUUAGAAGAUGAAGAUAUCGAUCCAAAUGAACCAAUAGAAGAUGGAGGGCAUCAACCUGGAGAACCAUAUGUUAUUCCUCCUAAUACCCAGCUUUCAGAUGAAAUAGAAGGUGCAAACGACUUUGAUGUUUUAGAUGAAUCUACAAUUCAAUAA